AUGAAUGCCACAAAUGUGAUUAACUGUUCUGUGGAUUUUGAGAUUUCCAAGAUGAUGCGCAUCUCAGUGUUCUCCCUGGUGCUUUCAGCUGGUUUGCCCCUGAAUUGCAUGGCUGCCUGGGUUCUGUGUUUCCAGGUCAGGAUGAAGAGUGUCCUCAGCAUCUACAUGAUAAACAUGGUGGCCGCCAACGUCCUUCAGAUUUUCACCAUUCCAUUCUGGAUCCAUUACACCUACCUGGGGCACAGAUGGGUGUUAGGGAGGGAGGCCUGCAAAGCAAUUGGCUUUUUGUUCACCACAAAUUUCUAUGCCAAAAUUGCCUUCCUGUGCCUCAUUGCCAAGGAGCGCUACUUUCACAUUGUUUGCCCUAUGCGUUGCCGUGGCCUGGGCACUGUGGCCAUUGCUGUGAAAACCAGUCUCAUUGCCUGGGCGGUUACAGUUUUCUUUUGCUCCCUGGGCACCUACUUUAUAUCUCAAGGAAAAGAAGAGACCCAACUCUGCUUUGAAGGCUACCCACUUCCAGCCAGCUAUGCUCACUUCAAAAUGGGCACCAUGUUUUUCUCUUUCUUUGCACCGCUUGGACUAAUAGGCUUUUUCUAUGUCAGCAUCUUGUACAAAAUCAGGCAAAUGAGAACUCUGGAGGCAAAGAAGCAAGUCUAUGGCUGUAUUCUUCUUACUAUGGUGACAUUCUUUCUGAUCUUUGGACCUUAUCAAGUGAUAGCCUUCCUUAAGGAUUUCUUGGAAAGCAGAAAGAGGGUAUCAGAUAUAUGUAGAAAAGAAGAAAUGCUAUUCCUCCUUAAGGAAAUCUCUUUAUGUGUAAUGACCCUUGGGGACAUUCUAGAUCCUGUGCUUUACGUCUUAGUCAUAAAAAGUGCCCGAGACAAAUUUGCAGCCUCAUGCAAAUGUUUGUGUUCUUCCCAACAGGAACUGGUCACUUCACAGGCGAUAUUUAUAAGCUCAACUUAG